GAUAACUGUGUGUGCAUUGCCAUGUUUUAUGUUUAUCUUUUUUACAGCCUGAUAUCUCUGAUGCUCAUUUUUUGUUUUUUUCUCUGUUUUUUUAUCCAGCGGCUGGUGAGUUUUUCUUUGGGAGAUGAGGGAGUGGAUACGGUUGAAGAGGCUCUUUCACGGAUUCCUCUUCUCAUUGAUUCUUAUCGGCUGUCCAGUACUGAGGUGAUUUUAGAGGUCCGAACCAACAAAGUCAGCCUGAAAGACAGAAACAGCCUGGAAUUGGAGGAGUCAUCUCUUCUCCGCUGCGAUUGCAUAAAUUCCCCAUCUGUCAGCGAUCCAUCCCUUCUCCUGCUGGUUAGUCAGAGCUGCACCCAGAAGAGGCCGAGCAUGUAUUUCUUCAGCUGCGCAUCUGUCAAAGCAGAGCACAUCAGAGAUGACAUCAAGCGAGUCGUGGCACAUUACACAAUAAAAGCAAACAGGUUCUCUGAGUCCAGUAUGAAUAUUUCGGGAAUCCCGAGUCCUCCGUACACCCAAGCCCCAAAUCCACCCUCACCCAACCCUCCUCCACCCUACCCGGGCAUCAGAGCUAACGGAUUGGUAAACGGUCAACCUGAUAAAUCAUUCCUUAGGGCUGAGAUGGAAGUGGACUUGCUUAAUCAUUGCUUUGAUGACAUCGAAGCGUUCAUCGGAAAGCUGCAGCAGUCAGCAGAGGCUCAGAUUAUCCUCGACCAAAGAAGCAAAAAGAAGAAGAAAAGUCAGAAGAAAAGUGCAGACGAGGAUCUGCUCACAGCUAAAGCCAAACCGCCUUCUGAGAAAGAGUUUCUCGACACUUUUCAGAAAUUCAAAUACAGCUUCAGCCUGUUGGCACGGUUAAAAUUUGCCAUCUCCAAUCCGACCUCAGAGGAGCUCGUGCAUCACAUCUUCAAACCGCUCGAAAUGAUGGUGAAGGCUACAGGAGGUCCUGGUUUCGCAGCGUCCGUGUCCAGCCCGGCUAUGACACAAGGAGCCGUGACUCUGCUACAGAACAACCUGACGGCACAGGACAAUGCAUUAUGGGUCUCUUUAGGGCCCAACUGGACACAACACAGAUCUGCUCUGCGGAGCCCCGUGGCACCGUACACACUCGUGUUUCAGGAUGGAUGGAAGCCGCCGGGGUCAGACGCUGCUGGAUGGGUCGAUCCUGUGGAGUUAGAACACAGACAGGACGCUGAGAUCUCAAAAGUAGAGCUGACACCGUCUCACGCGUCUGACCGUCACGCAGCUCUCGUUCAGACUACAGACCAACCUGAUGGCGGAGUUAAAGAGCGCUUAUAUCGCUGCAGCUAUGAUUUUGUUGCACGGAACAACAGUGAGCUGUCUGUACUUCACGGAGAGACACUAGAGGUGAUCGAGUCAUCUAACCGCUGGUGGAAGUGUCGUAAUAAGUUUAAUGAAGUGGGAUUCGUGCCGUUUAACAUCCUGGAGCCGGUGACACACAUCGACAACCCUGUGCUUCAUAAAACCCCAAAGCCUCCCGCUGCUCCACCGAUGUUCAACAGCCUGCACAGCCCGUCCGCCGUGACCUCUGACCCCAGCGCCGCACGGCCGCGCAGCAUGAUGCUCGGAUCACUGUCUGACGACACGGAGAAAGUGAUGCAGGUGAAUGACGAGCUUCUGCACCGUUUGACCAGCGGGAAGAAUCUGUCUCCUCGUCUGGUGAUUCCUCGUUCAGCAGAGACGUCCAUCCCGCUGGACUACAGCUCGCCGCCCGCAGAGGUGGAGAACUGGCUGCGCAAGAAAGGCUUCAGUGAACCGACUGUACAGUGUCUGCGGGUUCUGAAUGGAGCUCAGCUGUUCUCUCUGAAUAAAGAAGAGCUGCGCGCUGUUAUUCCUGAAGAGGGCGCUAGAGUCUACAGUCAGCUGACCGUACAGAGAGCCCAGAUAGAGGACGCUCGCAGAGCCACAGAGCUGGAGACGGUGAUGGAGAAGCAGAAGAUGAAGGUGGAUUUGAAACUGGAGAGUGGGACUUUAUGAAGAUCUAUUGAAUGUGCACACAGAUGCACACUCAUACAUACGCACAAGAUCAUUUACGUUAUUGUAACCUGCUUUAAGGAUUGUUUUGUUUUCCUGUUUAUCUUUACAGCAUGAAAUGAAAAUGUAAAUCUGCACAAUGAUGUACAAACCUCUAAAUUCUCUGUGUAACAUGGGUUAAUAUAUUCUCAAUAAAUACAUUUAAUGCACAACCGUGAAAA